AUGCAAGCUGGGCGCGUUGGGGGACACACUGUGGAGAGGCUAGCAGGCCAGGUGAGUAGGGCUGUUGCAGCGGCGAUCCAUGUUGGGAGAGUAGGCUGUGCAUCUUGGCAGUCUCGGGCGAACAGGCUGGGUGCCUUGGCAGUCUUGUCAAAUGGGAGUUCAUGGAAGGCCCUCGUGCAAGAGCUAGGUGCUGAGGAUGCCGAGACCGAGAUG